AUGAAUUCACCUCAAGCACGCAUUAUUCUACCGACGAACGCCACGAGUGCUACCAAUCCUCUUGCAGCUAGUACUCCAACAGCGAUUGCUCACGAUACAGUAGUACAGACAAAUCGUGAAGGUGAACCACCAGAAUAUCGUGAAAUCAAGACAACCGAACAAAUUCUUGAGCCGACUUUAUUAGAAAAAGUUCCACCAACAAAAAUGACGACAAAAACAACAACGACAACAACAGUGGAAGAAGUACCAACAGCUCCAACUUCUAAGGUAACAACGACUGUCCAAGAGACACCGGCAUCAACGGACUAUGUAUUGAAACAAGCAGACGAAUUCAAACCGAUAGCUGUAGUUUCUGAUACUACACCCGUCAAUAGUGCCAACAAUCGAAUUGUGGGAACAACGAGUACAGGUAGUUUGACAACACCAGGCAAAAUUGUCGGCGAUUUAGAACCAAUCGUUUCAGAACAUCAUGUAACUACAGUAGCUGAACCAGUAACAAAGAAAGUCAUCAAAACUGUAACCAAAGAAACCAAACAAUAA